UCCACCACCCCGGGGGAAAGGGUGCCGGGGUUGGGGAGCCCGGUGGCCUUGGAGAGGGCCAGGGCGCACGGAGCCCCCUCGCCGCGCUGCGCCCUGGAGACGCGAAUGACAGGAAGGUGGCGACAGACAAGGUUACAGGGAAGCUGAGUUCUACUCUCUCAUGGGUGAAGAACACUGUCAGUCAAAUGGCCAGCCAGGUGGCAAGUCCAUCUGCUUCAUUACACACGGCAUCCUCCUCUACCACGCUCUCAACUCCAGCGUUGUCUCCUUUGUCCCCCGCGGAAUUGAGUCCCGAUGACUUAGAGCUCUUGGCCAAAUUAGAAGAGCAAAACAGAUUGUUGGAGACCGACAGCAAAUCGCUGCGCUCCGUCGAUGGGUCAAGAAGAAACAGCGGAUCCUCACUUGUUUCUAGUUCAUCGGCUUCUAGCAACCUCAGCCACCUAGAGGAAGAUUCCUGGAUCCUUUGGGGAAGAAUUGUGAAUGAUUGGGAAGAUGUGCGCAAAAAGAAAGAGAAGCAAAUUAAGGAACUUGUUCGAAAAGGGAUACCCCAUCAUUUCCGAGCAAUAGUUUGGCAGCUUUUAUGCACAGCUCAAAAUAUGCCAAUUAAGGAUCAAUAUUCGGAACUCUUGAAAAUGACUUCACCUUCUGAAAAGCUUAUAAGAAGGGACAUUGCUAGGACAUACCCCGAGCACGACUUUUUUAAAGAAAAAGACAGCCUUGGGCAGGAGGUUUUAUUUAAUGUAAUGAAGGCUUAUUCAUUAGUGGACCGUGAGGUUGGUUACUGCCAAGGAAGUGCUUUUAUUGUUGGAUUGCUUCUCAUGCAGAUGCCCGAGGAGGAAGCGUUUUGUGUGUUCGUUAAAUUAAUGCAAGAUUACCGACUUCGAGAACUCUUCAAGCCAAGUAUGGCUGAGCUUGGCCUUUGUAUGUAUCAGUUUGAAUGGAUGAUACAGGAGCAACUGCCAGAGCUGUAUGUACAUUUCCAGGCUCAGAGUUUUCAUACCUCUAUGUAUGCCUCGUCAUGGUUCUUAACUAUUUUUCUUACAUCUUUCCCAUUACCAAUUGCAACAAGAAUAUUUGAUAUCUUUAUGUCUGAGGGUUUGGAGAUAGUGUUUCGGGUCGGCUUAGCACUACUCCAAAUGAAUCAAGCAGAAUUGAUGCAGCUCGACAUGGAAGGGAUGUUACAACACUUUCAGAAGGUCGUUCCGCGUCAGUUUGAUGGUGGGCCAGAUAAAUUAAUCCAAGCAGCUUACCAGGUCAAAUACAAUGCAAAAAAGAUGAAAAAGUUAGAAAAAGAAUAUACUACUAUAAAAACAAAAGAAAUGGAAGAACAAGUUGAAAUUAAAAGAUUACAGACAGAAAAUAGACUUUUAAAACAGCGCAUUGAAACACUAGAAAAAGAAAGUGCUUCCUUGGCAGAUAGAUUGAUACAGGGACAAGUGACAAGGGCCCAGGAGGCUGAGGAAAACUACCUCAUAAAACGGGAGCUGGCCACCAUCAAACAGCAGAGUAAUGAGGCCAUUACUAAACUGGAGCAAGCUGAAAAUACCAUCAGGGAGCUCCAGCAACAGCAACAAGGGCAAAAGUGCAGCUCCCGCUAUAGUGAAGACUUCGUCCUGCAGCUGGAGAAAGAGUUGGUGCAAGCAAGGCUGAGCGAAGCAGAAUCCCACUGUGCCUUGAAGGAAAUGCAAGACAAGGUUCUUGAGAUGGAAAAGAGGAACAGCUCCUUCCCUGAUGAGAACAAUAUUGCUAGACUUCAAGAAGAAUUGAUUGCAGUGAAACUAAGAGAAGCAGAAGCUCUGAUGGGUCUAAAAGAACUUAGACAACAAGUUAAAGAUUUGGAGGAACACUGGCAGCGCCAUCUAGUUCGCACUACUGGGAGGUGGAAAGACCCCCCUAAAAAGAACGCUGUAAAUGAAUUGCAAGAUGAACUCAUGACCGUCAGGCUCCGAGAAGCAGAAACACAAGCCGAGCUGAAAGAAGUGAAGCAAAGGAUGAUGGAAAUGGAAACACAGAACCAGAUAAAUAGCAACCAUUUGCGGAGGGCGGAACAAGAGAUUUCCAGUUUGCAAGGGAAGGUCCAGGAUCUGUCUGCUCAAAACAAAGGACUUCUGGCUCAGCUGACCGAAUCAAAGCGAAAGCAGGCAGAGAUUGAAUGCAAGAAUAAAGAAGAAGUCAUGGCUGUAAGGCUCCGAGAGGCAGAUAGCAUAGCAGCUGUGGCAGAACUCCAGCAACAUAUUGCAGAACUAGAAAUCCAAAAAGAAGAAGGGAAAUUUCAAGGACAGCUUAAUAAUUCCGACUCAAGUCAGUAUAUCCGAGAACUGAAAGAUCAGAUAGCAGAGCUCAAUCAUGAGAUCAGAUGCCUAAAAGGCAAGAAACCCUUCCCAGGCCCACACACCUUUGAUGGGAUUCAUAUUGUGAACCAUUUGAUAGGCGAUGAUGAGUCCUUGCAUUCGUCCGACGAAGACUUUAUAUCAAACCACGUUCAGGAGUCUGGGGUCCAUUUUCACUUGCACAGGAGGACUGGUCCGAUGGACUUGACUCCGGCCACGGCAAACAGUAGUGACAGUGAUAUUGAAAACACUGAAACAUCAGACACCAUCGUUCAGAAGGAAAAUAACCAAAAAAGAGUGGAGUCUUACUCUACUACUGUGUAAUCACUGUGAAUGGUAUUGGCCUUCAUUCUCUAGGAGCUUAUUCCACGGUCAAGAGGACUAUCUUAAAGUUCUUGGACUUGACUGGCUCUUACAUCUUCUCUGACGCGUGAUGUGUUGCACCUUACUAUUGUCCUCUGUAUUUGCCAAAUCUUUUCUCUCCAACUUGUUGUUGCCAUAGAGUAGGACUGGGAAGAGGUUGGAUGGAUGACAACUCUAACAGUGUUAAUAUUUCCCGUAUGCUUCUCAUGCUAGAAAAUGCACACUCACAACUUCUUCCCACUCAAGGACCAUACUACAGUUUGUAAACAUGGGAAGUCCUUAGUCUUCAAAGGAAAAGUGUACUUGUGCAAUAUUUAAUGCUCUGUGAACAAAUGUGUUCUUUUUACAUAAACUGUUUGUGAUCACAAUGGAUGUAUCAGAUACGACAUUUAUCUGGUUGAGUGUCUUAUUUUUAAUUAACAUAACCUCUAUUAUUGGAAACCACCAAAGUUUCCAAUCUAAAGCCUUUACUUGUGCUAUUUUAUAUAAUAAUUAAUGGUUACACUUUGUUCUAAAGGAUUAAAGAAAACCUUUUAUUAACCAUUCUGUGCAUCUGCUUUUGAUGUGUUGCUAAUGGACCUGAUCAGAGUAUGUUAACUACAAAUAAUGUCUAUUUUGUAUAUAUUUAUAUAUCCUUGGCCCUGCAUAAAAAUGUACAUUGAAUUUUGUAUGGGAAGUGUAAAUGUUACCAUAUGACUGGUCUCAGCAUUUUAAAAGGAAAUGAAAUUCUGUUUAAACCAAGUAAAAUUGGAAAAUGUUUAUGAGAAAAAUGGCAAAAACACUAAUUUUAGUUUUAAGACCUCUGCUUACCAAAUGACCCACAGAUUCAUGCCCUACUGAAAUGUGUUCCAAAUGACACUAUUGACUGAAAUUUUAACUUUGUGUAUAUGUAACUAUAUAAUAAAUUUUUUUCAUGAUUUAA